AUGACAAGGGGAAGAGCUGAUGUGAAUCCAAAGAAACGAUUGAUCACUUGGAUUAUAGUGUUGGUAUUCUGUUGCGGUUGCUUCUAUGCAUACACCCGAAGCCGUGGUUCGUCGGCCCUCGAAUAUGGAAGUAAAUCUUUGAGGAAAUUCGGUUCAUCAUACUGGCGUGGGGAUGAAGAUAACACUGAUACUUCCACUAAACACGAAGAAGAUGCUGAUGAUGGGUUCAUACCAAAGAGUUUCCCAGUUUGUGAUGAUCGACAUUCCGAGAUAAUACCUUGCCUAGACAGGAAUCUUAUAUACCAGACAAGAUUGAAGUUGGAUUUAUCUGUAAUGGAACACUAUGAAAGACAUUGUCCAUUGCCUGAAAAACGUUACAAUUGUUUGAUUCCUCCUCCACCUGGAUACAGGGUCCCUAUCAAGUGGCCGAAAAGUCGGGAUCAGAUAUGGAAAGCCAACAUACCGCACACUCAUCUUGCUACUGAAAAAUCCGACCAGAACUGGAUGGUUGUCAAAGGUGACAAGGUUGUUUUCCCUGGUGGAGGAACUCACUUCCAUUAUGGAGCAGAUAAAUAUCUUGCUUCAAUGGCAAAUAUGCUGAACUUUCCGAAGAAUAGUAUGAACAACGAGGGAAACGUCCGGACGGUUUUCGAUGCGGGAUGCGGAGUUGCUAGUUUCGGCGGAUACCUGCUGGCGUAUGAUAUUCUUACAAUGUCUUUAGCACCAAAUGAUGUUCAUGAAAACCAGAUUCAGUUUGCUCUGGAGCGAGGAAUCCCGGCGUAUCUCGGUGUUUUAGGGACGAAGAGGCUUCCUUACCCAAGUCGAUCUUUCGAACUUGCACAUUGCUCUCGUUGCAGGAUUGAUUGGCUUCAAAGGAAUGGGAUCCUUCUUCUUGAGCUAGACAGGAUACUGAGGCCUGGAGGCUAUUUUGCCUAUUCAUCCCCUGAGGCAUAUGCACAAGAUGAAGAAGAUUUGCGAAUAUUUAGAGCAAUGAGCGCUUUCGUUGAGCGGAUGUGUUGGAAGAUCGCAGUUAAAAGAGACCAAACUGUUAUUUGGGUUAAACCCUUGACAAAUGACUGUUAUAUGCAAAGAGAGCCUGGUACUCAACCUCCCAUGUGCCGAUCUGAUGAUGAUCCGGAUCUCGUGUGGGGCGUUCCGAUGGAAGCUUGUAUCACUCCUUACUCUAACCAGGUUCAUAGAUCAAAAGGGAGUGCGUUGGCUCCUUGGCCUGCUCGUUUGACAACACCGCCUCCCCGUCUCGCUGAUUUAGGCUACUCCGACGAUAUGUUCAUAAAGGACACGGAACUUUGGCAACGAAGAGUUGAACACUAUUGGACUGUUUCCGGUCAAAAUCUCGAGUCCGAUACGUUUAGAAAUGUGAUGGACAUGAAAGCAAACCUGGGUUCAUUUGCAGCUGCGUUAAGUAACAAAGAGGUUUGGGUUAUGAAUGUGGUGCCCGAAGAUGGACCCAACACUCUCAAGAUAGUAUAUGACAGAGGACUGUUAGGAAGUGUGCAUAACUGGUGCGAAAGCUACUCGACGUAUCCGAGAACUUACGAUCUGAUCCAUGCUUGGACCGUGUUCUCUGAUAUCGAAAGGAGGGGAUGUAGCAUUGUGGAUUUGUUGUUAGAAAUGGACCGAAUCUUGAGGCCUAAAGGUUACAUCAUUUAUAAUGAUAAGCGAUCGAUAGCGGAAGUGAUAAAGAAAUAUUUAGGAGCAUUACACUGGGAAUCAGUGGCAAUAUCAGAUUCUCAGCUGGUGGAGCAAGAUGAGGAUGAUGUAGUGUUCAUAAUUCAGAAGAAAAUGUGGCUUACAAGUGAAAGCCUUAAGGACUCCGAAUAA